GAUCACCGACUCCCGGGGGCCCCGCCCGGCUCGCCUGUCGCGGCGGGGCAGAGGGUUAGGAGGCCGGAGGUUUAGGCCAGGGAGUGGGUGAGGAGAGGAGAGCGCGGGAGGGGAGGGACCCGAGGAGCUGAGAAAGCAACAGCUGGCGACACCCGCGUCUGCGGGACCCAAUCAGGACUCGGAGGCGGGACCUCCCGAGGCACCGCUCACCCGGCCUCGCACGUGCCUUGCGGCCCCCCCGGCCGCCGCGCCAAUCAGAGCGCCAAGCGGCUUUCGCUCCUCCCUCCGGGGGCGGGCCCAUCACGAGGCCUGGCCGCGGGCCUGGGGGGUUCGCCUUCUGAAUAAUGAAUUUGCCCGAGCGCUCGGGGAGCCGGGGGGAGGGGAGAGGGGCUGUCUGCGUCUGCGCAGUGGAGCCUCACGGCAGCAGCGGCGACUUCUCACGGCGUUCUCGGCCGGGAGCUGCAGCCGAGCCCGGCGCGGGCCACCAUGUCCGACAGCAGCGGGCCCGAGAAGAAGCCUCCGCCGGAGGCCGAGGCGGGGUCGGGGAGGGAGGCGGCGGCGGAGCGGGGCCCACCGGGCUCCUUCCCCCUGGUGCUGAAGAAGCUGAUGGAGAACCCGCCGCGCGAGAUAAAGAGAAAGAAAAGGAGAAACUCGAUGAAGAUGAAGCGGCCGCUGCUAGCACCAUGGCUGUGUCUGCCUCCCUUAUGCCCCCAAUCUGGGACAAAACCAUCCCAUACGAUGGUGAAUCCUUCCACCUUGAGUACAUGGAUCUGGAUGAGUUUCUGCUGGAGAAUGGGAUCCCAGCCAGCCCUACUCACCUGAUCCAGAAUGCACUGCUGCCUGUGACUGAGCUGGAGGGGAAGGAGUCUGCUAGCUCUUCCACAGCUUCCCCAUCGUCGUCUUCUACCAUGGUCUUUCAGCCCUCAGAGACUGCCUCCAGCACAGAAUCUUCUGUGGAAAAUGAAAGGGAGACCCCCAGCCCCAUUGACCCCAACUGUGUGGAGGUCGAUGUGAACUUUAACCCUGACCCUGCAGACCUGGUCCUCUCCAGCGUGCCAGGGGGGGAACUCUUCAACCCUCGAAAGCACAAGUUUGCCGAAGAGGACCUGAAACCACAGCCAAUGAUCAAAAAGGCCAAGAAGGUCUUUGUCCCUGAUGAGCAGAAGGAUGAAAAAUACUGGACGCGCCGGAAGAAGAACAACGUGGCCGCAAAGCGUUCCCGGGAUGCCCGCAGGCUGAAGGAGAACCAGAUCACCAUCCGCGCUGCUUUCCUGGAGAAGGAGAACACGGCGCUCAGAACCGAGGUCGCGGAGCUGCGCAAGGAAGUGGGCAAAUGCAAGAGCAUCGUCUCCAAGUAUGAGACGAAAUACGGACCCUUGUAAGCACCACCCCUUGCGUGUUAAACAUCUCUGCCGAGCGAGUGUGUGGGGAGGCUUUGGGGCUCUCCACAGCUAGCAGGAAGUCCGCUGCUCCCAGCCUGGCUUGGGCCAGGGCUCUUCUGCCCACGGGGGUCCUGGAGAGCGCAUCUGGAGGACUUGGGAACCCCUGACUCUGGGGGGCAGGACUCCUCGCUGGUGAGGAGUGAAGGGACUCUCUUGACAUGGGUGACAGGGGUGCAACUUUCUGCCCUUGGACAUCCCACUCGGAUUGGAAAGGGGACCCUCUGGAGUGUACAGCCUCCUUUCACUGAGUGCUCACUCUCUCUUUGACUUUCCUUCCAUUUUAGAUCUGGGCUAACAAAGCUGCCUCUCUGUGGCAUCUCAGAAUGGUCCCUGGUUUUCCUGCCCUCACAUCCCAUCAGGUAGCGGGGUGUGUUGGCCAGGUAGGAUAUCUCUCUUGUCCAGCUCCACCCAGGAAAAGGGGAAGGACUUUGUGCAGGAGGAGAGGCUUCUGUUCCUUCCUCCUUGGAGGAGGAGCAGUCCGUCAGCAUG